AGGGUAUUACCAAAAUAAAUAAAAAUGGAUAUAUUGGGUCGUAUGUUAGUUACUAUUGCAAUAUUAUCCUUAAUUCAUUGCGGAUAUUCAAGUAUUCAAUAUCGAACCUACUUGAAAUUAAUAGAAGAGGAUUUUCAAGCUAUACCUGUUGAUAUAACAGUACAAGUCCUACUGAGUAUCGUAAUGGCAAUAUUUGGAAUAGUGCGUGUUGCAGGUGAACUGAAAGAUAUACACGCCGCUGCUGAAUUAGCAGGAAAAUCGUGGGAAACCCUGGGAAACCGACCAUCGUUUUAUUCCUUUAAUCACAGAGGACAGAAAAUAUUUCAAGACUUUGAAGAAGAAGUAGCUGAAGAAUAAAUAAUUGCAAGUUUAUUAACAAAAAACUUUUUUUGUGGAAAUGGAAAUAGAAUUAUUUCAUUUUAACCAUCCAUACUUGCUGAUUGUUUAUGAAAAGUAUUUACGGGUUUGCGAUGUACACCCUUUUUGCAAAGAAAAAGGAAUUGUAAAAAAGGAAUGUCUUUUUAUAAUACAUAUUUUGUAUUAUUUAUCCAAUGUAGUUUUUACAAUUUUAA